AAACAGCGAUCUCUUUAGUCUGUUUGCUGAACCACAUUGACUUGUUUCCACUUGCUCCUCUAGCUGGCUGGUGUUAGGACCCUGAAAAGAGACAGCAGCAACGUGAUAUAAAUAGAGUACCAGAAUGGGACAAAGUUUGAGAAGAAAGCAUGACAUCACUCAGACUUGCUCUCCACCCAAAAAUGAUCUGAGAUGGAGGUGCAAAAGUGAACUGGACAAGCGAGGAGUUAACAAGUCAUUUUAGUCCAGUUCCCGAGGAAACAGUUAUACGCCCUACACGCUAUAAGGAAGUACACUUUCUUGCUAGCAAAACCAAAACUGGCUUCAGAUUUCUGACAACGUGAAAGUAAUUGAAAGGAAAAGACAACUAUAGAAAGAAAGUUGAAAACGGAUCUUUUUGUUUGGCAUAGAUUAUAACAGAAAUAUUUGACUUCUUUCCAUGGAAGAAUACAAUUUUUGGAUCUGAUGCACGUUUCUUAUAAUCUUGCUCCAAUCAUGGUAAUUUAUUUACGGAUAAAUGAAGAGAUCAAAGUGUGAAGCAAGUAGUUAUUCCUUAAAGGAUCUGGAAGAAUAUUUUGCCAUUGCUGAAGGAACAGAAUUCUUGAACCUGCAUGGAAAAUGUCCCUUUUAAUACAAAAAGGAGCAAAGGAAAAUUUAUGACUGAAACAUUACAGGAAUUUGAUCUCUAUUGGUCUUUUAACCUUAAAAAGACCAUGAAGAAUUUAUUAUCUCUGCUCUGUUGUCAUUAUUCUUUGCUGGUUUUAUUUCAGUCCAAAUACCAGGUGUACGGAAACUAUUCCCAGCUCCCCAAACACCCAGGGUUCAAAGUUCUGGCAUCGGCUUCCCAUUACUGGCCGCUGGAAGAUGUAGAUGGAAUUCACGAGUUUCGGGAUACAAAUGGAGCUCUAAGAAUCCACAACUUCACUGUGCUUCCUUCCCAUAACUCUACCUUUGUAUAUACCAAUGACUCUGCCUACUCUAACUUCUCUGCAACUGUAGAUAUUGUAGAAGGAAUGGUGAACAAAGGAAUUUAUGUCACUGAAAAGAAAGGAGUUACCUUUCUGUUCUUUGGAAGCUACCAAAAUUCUUGCAUUAGUAACCCAGAAGUUUGUGGACCUGAAGGAGUAACGUUUUCCUUUUUCUGGAAGACUCAAGAUCAGCAGGCUAAGUUUCCCCCUGCCUCUGGUGGACAAGUAAUUUCCAGUGGUUUCAAAAUCUGCUCAAACGAAGGUGAGGGCUCAGUGGAAUUUUACACCCGUGGAAAUGCAAUGAUGAAAUGGAAAGCAAGCUUUAGUCCACCAGGUCCUUAUUGGACACACAUUCUCUUCACUUGGAAAUCAAGAGAAGGGCUGAAGGUCUAUGUCAAUGGAACUCUAAAUACAACUGAUCCAGAUGGGAAAGUUUUCUAUGAUUAUGGAGACCCCAGUGCAAAUCUGCUGACUGGGACAGAAGGGGAUCAAACUAAGCGCUAUGUGAAUGGGGCAUUUGAUGAGUUCAUUAUAUGGGAACGGGCACUCACCCCCAAUGAAAUUGAGCAGUACUUUACAGCUGCUAUUGGUGUACAAGUUGUGCUUUCUUCAACACUUCCAUGGCCUAUGAUGACAACCACUACAAGGCCUGUGCUGUCUACAAAUGCCUAUCAUCCCAUCAUAACUAAUCUGACUGAGGAAAGAAGAAACUUCCACUUCCCAGAUACUAUGCUGAACUACCUAGAAAACAUAUCAUUCAGCUUGCCCGACAAAUCCUUGUCAGAAAAUACUGCUCUACACCUGACUGAGGCCUUUUUAAAAGCUGUUGAAGACUUUCAUUUAUUGCCUGCCUGGACUGAUAAAUCAAAGACUGCUCCCAUAUUUGGAGGUUUAAUUGAAACUAUUGACUGUGUGAUGGUGCACGUGGCACGCCAUCUAGGAGAAAACUCGUUACCUGUAACCAUUGAGGGCACAUCACCUGUGGCAGAUUACUCCUUGGCCAAAAUGUAUCCUCAGAGUCUGAAUUUGUCCCACUAUCGCUUUCCAUCUCAAGGCCAGAGUUAUAUUUCUAUCCCCAGUGAAGCUUUUCACAAAACAGCUUGGAUAACCAUUGUUGGCCUGCUUUACCAUAACAUGCACUGUUUCUUUCAUAAUAUCAACCCUAUGGAUACCAAGAUUGCUGAAGCUGCUGCCUACAAAGGCUAUAUGAUCUCAGCAACCAGUUACCUUAUCUCCCUGAAAGUGGAACCUGCACCUACCUUGUCCCACAAUCUUUCAGGAUCUCCUCUUAUUACCAUCCAGCUCACCCAUAAACUGACUCCUAAGCAAUACAGCCAAGCAGUAAAUAAGAGCAACAAAGUCCAUCUUUACUGUGCAUUUCUGGACUAUAGCAAUGGAACUGGUGUUUGGUCUAAUGAAGGCUGUGUGCGUGAGAGCGGGGACCUCAACUACUCCGUGUGUCUUUGUAACCACCUCACUAACUUCGCCAUCCUGAUGCAAGUAGUGCCUCUGAAGCUAACAAGAGAACACCAGGUGGCCCUCUCCUCCAUCACUUACAUUGGCUGCGCUCUGUCCAUCUUCUGCUUGACGAUCACGCUGGUCACAUUUGCUAUAUUGUCGUCUGUCAGCACCAUCCGCAACCAACGCUAUCACAUCCAUGCCAAUCUAUCCUUUGCUGUCCUGGUGGCUCAGAUCCUGCUCCUCAUCAGUUUUCAGUUCAGCCCUGGAACAGUGCCUUGCAAAGUCUUGGCCAUUCUCCUUCAUUUUUUCUUCCUGAGUGCUUUUGCAUGGAUGCUGGUGGAAGGAUUUCAUCUCUAUAGUAUGGUGAUCAAAGUAUUUGGGUCAGAAGAGAGCAAGCACUUGUACUACUAUGGAAUUGGAUGGGGCUGCCCACUGGUGAUUUGCAUAAUUUCUGCAGCAUCAGCCAUAGACAGCUAUGGAGAAAGUAACAACUGCUGGCUUUCACUAGAGAAUGGAGCAAUCUGGGCUUUUGUGGCACCAGCAUUGUUGGUAAUUUUGGUCAAUAUUGGUAUUCUUAUUGCUGUGACAAGAGUUAUCUCAAGAAUCAGUGCAGACAACUAUAAAGUCCAUGGAGAUGCCAAUGCAUUCAAACUAACGGCUAAAGCAGUUGCUGUACUGUUACCAAUCUUGGGAAGCUCAUGGAUCUUUGGCGUUCUAGCUGUCAAUGACCAUGCAUUAGUAUUUCAGUAUAUGUUUGCUGUAUUCAAUUCACUACAAGGAUUUUUCAUCUUCCUGUUUCACUGCCUUCUGAAUUCAGAGGUUAGAGCUGCCUUUAAGCACAAAACCAAGGUCUGGUCCCUCACCAGUAGUUCAAUUCGCAACGUCAAUGUGAAGCCCUUCAAUUCAGAUAUUAUGACUGGGAACAGGCCAGGCACAACCCCCACGAAGCUAAACACCUGGGAUAAGAGCACCAAUUCAGCCAAUCGCAUUGAUUUAUCAGCAGUCUGACAGCGAUAGCAGCUUCUCAGUGGAAAAAAAAAAAAAUAUCAAGCCAUACUUUCAGGACUUCUGACACAGUGUCCACCAGUAUUUUCUCACUGUUAAUACCAGUAGAAAACUACUCUUUUUUUUUUUUAAAUCACUGCCUAAUAAAUUGGAAAUUGGCAUUUGUUUUGCUGAGUAAAUAGUCCUCAUCUGCUUGCCUUCCAAACUGUAACACAAUCUACCACUUGGCUAUUAGCAAUAUCUGUAAAAAUAACUAGCACAAAUAUACACUGGAUGGUUUUGUCAGCAAUGAUGAAAACAGUAGGCAUUUAAAAGGGCUCAUUGCUAUUUGAAUCAUUCCAGCUCCUAGAACCAAGGAAAGGCAACAUACCUUGGGAAGGAUGGAUUUUUAUGCUCUAAAAUGAAAUGCUUCCCACUGUGAUGUUGUAAUGGGGCUACUCUGGUCUUGCUGUGCACUCUGUUUACAUUUAAUACCUUACAGAAUCCAAUUACCGAAGUGAAACUUAUUCAGAAUACAUAGAGUUAACAGGUGAUUAAUUUAAAUACCCCAAGGAAGCCAGAACUUGAGGAAGGAGCAGAUUCCAGCUAUUCAGCUCCCAGUAUGGGUAUGGAAAUAGCAAAACUAAUAUACAUAUGUCUCUGCACAUAAACAGUAUAUGUAACAUAUAAGAGUCAUAGGCCUGUUAGUAUUUUAGAUAUUCCUCUUUACAUCGUAUCUGUAAGAGACAGAAAUGGCUAAGGUUGUCCUGCAGCAGUCCAUAGCACUUCCAUCACUGAGCUGUGUCUGCUGUCAUAUCGCUGUGCAAAGCAUUUGUAUUGCUUUGCCUGAAGCUUUUGGAUGCAAUCAACAACUGUCCAUCAAGCGCAUUUCACAAUGGCACUCUAGCUUUUGGAAAUCAAAACCUGGCACUGUGACUUAUCUUUCUCCUUUUACUGCUCGGAUUGAGACACUGAAUUCCAAACACAAAACCGUAACACAACAAAAUACUGUGAAGACAGCCAGGCUACAAAUACAUCUAUGUAUUAUUACCGACAGACAUCUUUUAAAUAGGUCUUCGCUGAGUCUUUUGUGAUUUUAAACUCUGCUCAGCACUUAGUAGCUUCUGCUUUAGCACUGCUAUGAAGCAUGUUUCAGGGGGAAAAAAUACUGUAAUUUAUCUUGUGACCAGUGUUUUCUAGGUUCUCAGAAGUGAUGCUUGGAGCACAAGGGGGCGAAAUCUCAGCCAGCCAGUGCUGCACCUAACCAACUGGGGAGGGGGUAAAGUAGACUACAAGCCCUGGAGGUGGUCAGAGCCCCUAAAUACAUACCCUGCUGUAAGAUGUACUCUACAGCAAGAGUCCCCAAGAACCAUUUCCAAAGGUGAGACCCCCUUAGGAGAAGGGCUUCGCAGCCUUGUCUCCUUAUUUCCAGGUGUUGCUUGUUUGCAGUAGCAGUUUCUCUAAGGCACCUGGUGUACUGGUUCUCAGGAAUUACCAAGAUGAUUAUAUUGGCUUUCCUAAUACACUGGGCUACAAAAAUAUUACAGCAAAGACGAUUAGUCAGUCGCCCCCUCCCCCCCGCAAGAUAUUUUCUUAGUUUAAGGUCUGUGUCUUCAACAGCUCAGACCACCUCUGAUCCCCGUCAAUCUAGCAAGAUACCUGCUAUUCAUUUCCAAGAGAAAAGGUAUCUGCCCCCUAAUGCACAUGGUGAAAAUUGCUCAUUGGAUAGUAAAUUUAAAAAAAAAAAAAGUUUGAGCUUUAGGGAAAAGGAGGUAUUAGGAUUGAAUUUAGUGAAGUGUUUCAUUCAAAGUGGAGUUAAAGUUCAAAAAACAUCAAUGCAUUUCAUUUUUGAUUGAUCCAAAACAAGUUUUCCCUAUGCUUCCCUCCUAAGAAAAAAAGUGAUUGUUUCAGUUUGGACCAAGCUUUUCCAUCUCCCCUGCCUUCCCCCUGUCCUGGCCAAGAUUUGUUGGAUGGUCACCAAACUGAAAACUCCAUAGUUCACCCAAGUCUGUGACUAGAAAUUGAAACAUUUUACAGAAAUUAGUUUCACCAGAUAUACGCUGAAUUUAUGACACAUUGCAUAUCAUACAUAUAUAUGCAUACAAUAUAUACACUUCUAAUCUUGUGUUUCCUGUGUUGCUAAAUAACUCUUAAGGUGUUAACAGCUAAUCAUAAGAGGAGGGUCAGUAAAAGCUAAACGUCUAAAUGGCUAUGCCUUUCUUUUGGCUUUUGUGUAUGGCUUUCUUCUAGCCCUUUGAACACUGAACUAUCUUACAGCUGUGCAAACAGAUCUGCUUUUCUUAGCCUGAGAAUGUUUUUGUUCCAAAGAUACAGGAGAAGGAGCCCUCGGAACGUAUGGAGGCAGAUUGCAGCAGAACAGUACUGUGAUAACAGAGUUCAAAGCGUCUGUAUUGUGUGCAGACAACAUAUUUAAGCAUAUUUUUUGAUACUGGAGCACAAUUUUUUUUAAAACUACUGUGACCAUGGAUAUAGAUUUAAACCCUCUCUGAUAAUUUCUCUUAUAAUCAUUAUGUUGUAGUAUGAACAGUUCUGUGAAUGAACCAGAGGAAAUAAAAGCUUUUUUUAAUCUUAAUUUUUAAGUAUAUUCCUCUCUAUGCCAUUUUCAUUGUACGCAUUUUCUCCUAUGCUGACUGUAUAUUGGUCACACACAUUACUGCCCAAGGUCCAUUUGAAAACAGCACAUGACGUUCAAGUGACAGUACCCAGUAUAAAGGGUUAAAUCUGUUUUUCAUCCAGGUAUGCCGUAUUUUAAAAUUGAUCACCAAAAAAAAAAGUACUCAUGAAAAUGCUUUUGGUUUUAUACUUGUAAUGAAACAAUAAUAUCUUGUUUAUGUCACAUGAGGUUAGGAGUUAGAACACUGUAUUUAUGAUAUUAGUUUGGGGAUGGGGUUUCUUCUGUUUUUUUGAUAAACUAGUAAAAACAGCAAAAAAACCAUUUCCCCUUUCCCUUCAAGUCUGUUCUUUUUGUUUGAUUCAAUGUAUUUUUGUUGUUACUGAAUGCAGGAAGUGUACUGAAUAAGAAAUGCUCAAAUGAAUCUUUAAACAAUCUCUUCCUCUCCUCAGUCUUUUGAAAUCUGAAAGUCUUUCAGUUUAUUUAUGGACUUGUAUAUAGCAGCUUUUGCAAUAUUUUUUCAGGACAGCAUAAUUUUGUCAAUGAUAUGAAAUCUUAAUUGAAUGAGAUGUGAGUUUUAAAAUGGAUAAUGUAGCAAGAAUGACUUUGCUAGUAAGUAGUAAAGUAAUUUAGUUUUGUUGU